AUGUGUGCUUUGGCAGAUUUUGUGCUUAAGACAUUCGAAAUAUAUUACAGAAAAAGACUGCUACAUUUUGCUAAUUCUAGAUCCAGAAAAAUGACACUGGACUAUCAGAAAUUUUUUAAGAGAUCCAAAAAUAUAACCGAAGUUAUACAGGUUGAUAAAAAAACAUUUAAAGUUCAGACCGAACAAACAUUAGAGUACUACGUAGUUGAUAGUGAAAUUGGAUUUUGCACUUAUUCAAGUGGAAGUGGUGGCCGCUUCUGCAAACAUCUACUAGCAGUUGAAAAUAAGUACGGUAUUAUUUUUAAAUCUUCCCUGCUGCUAACUGAAAAGGAUCGCCAACAGCUUGCAUAUCUGGCACUAGGAAAAGGAAUUCCACUGUCUUUCUUUGAAAACAUCAACCCACCUGUUCAUGAUGGAUCAUCAAUUGAACACACAUCUGAUCAAACUACACCUCAGCAAGUGGAGUGA